AUGGGAAAGCAUAUCGUGUUUUCAGACAGAUGCCCUACCUACACAGCAAUGGAGCAGUGGUACUCGGACUUCAAUAAAUUCCUCAACCCUGGACUGGUUGGUGCUCUUAAAAUGUUCUUUCUUGAAUCGCUCAAGUCGUUUUUUGCCUGGGUAUGGGACUCAAGUGACUUGCCAGGACGGCCUGUAAUCGAAGCAAGAGAGGUACGCAAACUUCCUGCUAAAACCAGGUAUGGAUGUAACAGCUACUUCAAAGGGAACCUAGUAAAAGUCGUCUGUAUCUACAAAGAAUGUUUCGCCUUCAGCAAGCACGCAUCUGGCGAAAUAUGUGACGUGUUUGUGUGA